AUCUAGCAUCGACAGCGAGGUUUCGAGAGGGGGUUUGUGUUUGUAAUGGCGGAGGGGGGUUUGAUCAUCUAGGACCGGGUCUAUUCCCAGACGGGAUGGUGCAUCUUAUUUCUCGGCGCAUUUUGUGGAGGAAAUCUUGCAUGUACGCACCCACCCCAAAUCCAAACCACAGAUAGUGAGAGAGAAGUGAUGAGAAGAUUCGUCUACGAAUAGAAGCGAUGAACACAUUGUCUUGGAUCAUGAAAGAUGAUUGCUUUGCUAUUAUUAUAUCUUGUGCUAUCUAUGUUUGCUAUGCUUUGUUUUUUUCCUUGUUCACCACUCACCAUUCACAUCAACAAGCCGUUGGUCGAGGCAGCCCGUGUGGAUUGGCUCAUCGUGCUGACGUGGGAUUCCACGUCUAUUUUGUAUCGUCCUGCAACAAGGCAUAUCCUCUUGUCAAUCAUCAUCAGCUCGUUAGUCUACGUAAACAAAUGAAGAGCAAACCAGCACUCCAAAAACUCGC